AUGAUAGUGGUAUUAUGUGAUGUUAUCGUGUAGAUUUAGGGAUUUCGAUCGUAGAUUAUAGUUGUGAUAUAGAUUGUGUACGUGUGGUGAGAUGAGUUUAUCGAUUCAGUAGAUGUGUAAUGUGUUCUUCGCAUUUGGUAAAUGUGUUCUGUUAUCGAUGAAACUGAGAUGUGUGAUUAUUUGUUGUUUAUCUCAUGAAACUGAGAUGUGUGUUCUUAUGUUUCCGAGGUUAUUAGGUGAGGUGAGGUUCGAUCACCAGGAUUGUAUUAGCAAGGAGAUCAAAGAGAAACAACCAUUUCCUCCACAGUUGAAGUUUUCGGAUUACACAUGGGUCUUGAUUACAGCUAUUCACAACCUUCACAGGAUGAGACGUUUGGUGGGGCUGAGUCAGACAGUGACUACAACGAAGUCGAAUCUCUCAUUCAGCAAGACCAAGCUCAGUUAGACCAAGCUCUCAUUCAGCAAGACCAAGCUCUCAUUCAGCAACACGAAGCUCUCAUUCAGCAAGACCAAGCACAUGCGUUUCUGUACCCUCCACAGCCGGAGGUUGAAUUCGGAUUUCCACAAAUAUGCUACUGUGGGAGUGAACCGAAGAUAGCUACGUCUAGCAUCGAACCAGGUCGCAGAUACUACACAUGUACAAAUGCAAACGAUGGAGAGUGUCAUGUGUGGAAAUGGUGGGACGAGGCUGUAAUGGAGGAGAUGCGAGCCAGGGAUGGACACACAUUUCAGUUAGCCGAGAAGGUAGAUUCUCUGACCUUCUUCAAUGACCAUGCUACUGAGCAGAAGCUCGUUAGAUUAGAGAACAUGGUGUGUGAGUUGGCCAAGAAUAAAUCAAAGUCUAGCUUAGAUUACUUCGUUGCGGUUAUGGUUAUGGUCUUAAUUUUCAUAGGUGUCAUCCUCGUAUUUGUCUAA